UGCCAACCGCCCGGACCCCGGUGGGAGCCCUGCGAGUGCGGACCGUGUAGUGCCAAUAGUCCAUCCCGCCCGGACCCCGGUGGGAGCCCUUGUGAGUGCGGACCGUGUAGGAAGAGCGAGCGAGGAUCCCACACAUUACAGGGGCGGGUUUCAGCCUGCAGCCCCGCCCGGACCUCGCAGGGAGCAGCUCUCGCCCAGUGAGUGCGGACCGAGUAGGAGGAGCGGCGACGGUUUAAAUCGCAACGGCCGCCAUGGUGUCGUGGCUCAUCUCCAGGCUGGUGGUGCUCGCCUUUGGUACUUUGUAUCCUGCGUACUCAUCUUAUAAAGCUGUCAAGACGAAAAAUGUGAAGGAAUAUGUCCGAUGGAUGAUGUACUGGAUCGUGUUUGCAAUCUUCACAACAAUAGAAACCUUCACGGACAUAUUUAUUUCUUGGUUUCCCUUCUAUUAUGAAAUAAAGAUUGCAUUCGUGGUCUGGCUGUUGUCCCCAUACACAAAAGGUGCCAGCAUGAUUUACAAGAAGUUUGUUCAUCCCACACUCACUUCGAGAGAAAAGGAAAUAGAUGGCUACAUCAUUCAAGCCAAAGAGCGUAGUUAUGAAACCGUGGUCAAUUUUGGCAAAAAGGGGCUGAACAUGGCAGCAAAUGUGGCAGUCAAUGCUGCCACCAAGAGUCAGGGAGCUCUUGCAGGACGCUUGAUCAGUUUCAGCAUGCAGGACUUACGAACCAUUCAGGUUGACGAGCCAACACAUUACACAGAUCCCCUUUAUCCUGAGGACGAGCCAAUGGCAAGGGAUCCCAUCACUGUGGCAAGAGGAGAGCAAUCCCAAAGACCUCCAGACACUGCGCUGAACCAUCAGUAUGCAGAGAGUGACUCUCAAGACGAGUGCAAGUCUGACGGGGAGGCAGAGAGGCGAAGGAGUUCAUUACGCCAUGAAGCGCAGGGUUCAAAACCAAUCCGAAGGGCACAAGUCUCGAGAAAGCGAGGACAAAACAAAGGGGCAGUGAUAAAACCAGUGAAACCAGGAUCCAAGAAGAAGGCGGUGCAGUCUAAUUUUGACACUUUAUGAGCACCAGAAAGAACAAUUUGACAUUCGCCAUGAGUUCUUGAGCUGCACAAACUUCAUGGGUAAAAAUCACCGCUGCUGUUUUUAAUCACUGGCACCUUUUUGAAAUUGCCAGCUCUUAUCUUGUGUUUUGUUUAUUGUCAAAGUUGCCUCUUGUUAGGGUCAACUGCUUUGAAGACGGUGGCGAAGGCUGGUCCUCAAAUAAAGAUGCGACGCUGUCAUUAACCAGGGAACUUAAAGUUUGUCAUUGAAUUGAUAAACGUGAAUGAUUAGGCAUUGCGUUUGUGUGAAUAUCAAAAGAGAUUCUUGCGCCUCCUUCGAAAUAAGAGAAUGUUUACUAAGACUGGUUAUGAAGGGGGAGGGUGAUACUCUCAUUUGGUUAGCUUUGUAAUAUAAAUCUGAUUUGCUUGUAGCUUUUAAUUUGGCAGGACAACGAGAUACUAGAAUGUAUGUACUGUUUGCCAUUGACAAAAUUGUUGAACUCUGCAUUUUUACUUGUGUUUUUAAUGUAACCACAGCUGACAAUCCUCGAAUUGGUGUUAUAGCACAACUAAACACUACAUUUUCUCACAGACCUGCUCUUGACUACUCUCGGUUUGGAUGGGGGGGGGGGGGGGGGGGGGGUAAACCUGCUACUUAAAGUAAAAAAAAAAAAACUCUUUGUGGCAUGCGUGCGUUGGAAAUGUAAAUACUGUGGUGUCGGAGCGGACGGUCUGCUUUUCAGUUUCCAUGUUUGUACAAGAGGACGUAAUGUGUGCUUGAGUUAAAAUGUGUAAUGAUGUCAGUAGAGGUGCGUCUGGACUGCUCGCAAACUGGAGUCUGGAGUGGAAAGAAAUUGAGUGCAGGGGGGGAUUACUGGUGCAGUGAUCUGUGAAAAGGGCUGAACAUGCACUAUCCUUCAUGCAAGUAGUUCACCAAGGCCACGGGAGCUGUUUGGACAUCUGCCAAAAGGAAACCCUUGUGAUCCAUUACAGUUUAUUUCGGUAACUGUUGGUGUCCGUUUGAAUGUUGAUACUUUGAGUCGUUCAGCUUGACAAGUCUUUGUUUUUGCACUCUUGUUACUUACAAUCAAAGAAAUGCCCAUGAAACUAAAUAGAAAUGUCGCAUUGGAAGCUCAAAGAGAUACACAUGCUGCAGUCUAAAUGCUGCUAUAAGUAUUGCAUGAUCUUUCUUUCAGAUGCCUGAGUCUCCAAAUGACUCUCUAACACCUUGCUGGCAGAUUGAUAUUGUCAGACACUGGGGAUAAAAUCUGUGAUUUGGUAUAGAGAUCCCUUAAAUCCGAUCUAUAACAAGGCCAUGAACAAUAUGUAUUUGAAGUUUGAUUCCUAGCCAGGUGACCUGAACCCAGAAGCUUUGGCGUCUGAAGCUGGUGUAUUUUCUCUUCUAGAUGAAUGGAUUUAUUUUGGAUCCUUAGCAACAGAAUGAUUUGCCACAGCUAAAACUGAACGGUGGCUAUCCUAAACUAGAAAUCCCCUUUCCGCCACCACAAGUCUCCAGUAACUUUACUGCUAGGCGUUGCACUUUAUUUCAUUUCUAGAGCCGUCCUACAUUGCAAUCUAGUCCGUAAAUUAUAAAUGGAUUGUGUAGUCUUGAUGCUCGAUUAAUGGACACCAACCUACGGAUAAAUCAGGAGGUCCCUUUUGGGUAUUUGAUUAUGUAGACAGCGCUGCUGAAAUGUUGCUGUGUGCACUGAGAACAGCCCGGCGGGUUGCCUGUUUACCGUUGUGUGUGCUCUCGUUACAAGUUUGUGUGCUUUAAUCGUGCGUGAAGCUGCAGAGGUGAAUGGCGCAAUGGAUCACAUGGUAUGACUUUUUGGCAUGAAACCUAUUGGGUGGCUGUCUUUGACACGCGCACUCUCAAUCAGUUGAUUUGACUGCUGUUGAAACUCCAGAGAGAAGCAGGAUUAAUUUAAAGUGUAGGUUUUUAUGGAACGUCACCAAGCAGAGGGCAAGUUCAACGUGAUGCUCCCUGUGAUCAGAUUACAUGGGGAGUCGAGUGACUCACUCAGAAUCCUACUAUUCAUUCUUGCUGUUGGACAUGUCUCUUUUCUACUGUUGUAUGAUAAUCCUUGUUUCUUAAAUGGUUCUUUUAAGUCGUAUUGUUUUCACAAUAAAGUUGUUGGCUAAUUGGUAA